CUUCCUCCAUUUGCAAAGAAACCAGCCCAGGAGGGUUGCAUCUCAGAACUCAGGGAGGGACCCAGUGGGGAGCAUCCUGGCCACCUGAUGGGCCUGGUGGAGUGAGGUAGACUAGAUAUUUUGAGGACAAACUAGUCCCACCUGGAAGGAGUUGGGGGUUUGGGAAGGGCAGAAAUUGGGGUGUGAGGUGGGUCAGGCCACCAGAUCCAGCAUGUGAAAGCUGAGUGCCUUCAGAGCCCCCAGUAGGGGCAGAACAACACAGUCCUGGCAGGAGGAGCUGCCAGAGGAGGUGAAUGAGGGUCAGAGGCUUGGAGACCCUCACCCCAGUGCAGUCUCUGCCCAGAACGUGGCAUGCCUGGAUGUCCCUGCCCUGGCUGUGGCAUGGCGGGCCAAAGGCUCAUCUUCCUCACUGCUCUUGCCCUGGAGCUCCUAGGAGGGGCUGGGGGCUCCCAGCCGGCCCUCCGGAGCCGGGGGCCCGCAGCAGCCUGUCGCCUGGACAACAAGGAGAGUGAGUCCUGGGGGGCCCUGCUGAGCGGGGAGAGACUGGACACCUGGAUCUGCUCUCUCCUGGGCUCGCUCAUGGUGGGGCUCAGCGGGGUCUUCCCCUUGCUCAUCAUUCCCCUGGAGAUGGGGACUGCGCUGCGCUCAGAAGCCGGGGCCCGGCGCCUGAAGCAGCUGCUCAGCUUUGCCUUGGGGGGCCUCUUGGGCAACGUGUUUCUGCACCUGCUGCCCGAGGCGUGGGCCUACACAUGCAGCGCCAGCCCCGGCGGUGAGGGACAGAGCCUGCAGCAGCAGCAGCAACUGGGGCUGUGGGUCAUCGCUGGCUUCCUGACCUUCCUGGUGUUGGAGAAGAUGUUCCUGGACAGCAAGGAGAAGGAGGGGCCUGGCCAGGCCCCCAGCAAAGACCCCAUGGCUGCUGCUGCUACCCCUGCACCCAAUAGAGACCGCUGUCUGGCCCAGCCGGCUGCAGAGUCCGGCCCGCAUACCAUGGUCCGGAGCAUCAAAGUUAGUGGUUAUCUCAACCUGCUGGCCAACACCAUAGACAACUUCACUCAUGGGUUGGCUGUGGCUGCCAGCUUCCUUGUGAGCAAGAAGAUUGGGCUCCUGACGACCAUGGCCAUCCUCCUGCAUGAGAUACCCCAUGAGGUGGGUGACUUUGUCAUCCUGCUUCGGGCCGGCUUUGACCGAUGGAGCGCAGCCAAGCUGCAGCUCUCGACGGCACUGGGGGGCCUGCUGGGCGCCUGCUUCGCCAUCUGUACGCAGUCCCCCAAGGGCAGGAGACCGUGGCCUGGAUCCUGCCUUUCACCUCUGGGGGCUUCCUCUACAUUGCCCUGGUCAACGUGCUGCCGGACCUCCUGGAGGAAGACGACCCGUGGCCCUGGGCAGCCUAGGAGUCGAGACUGGGCGGCUUCUCACUGCUGCAUCCGUGUUUCUGGCCCUUCCUCUACCACCUCCAAGGCCCUUUCCCUGAUGGCCAGAGAAGAGGCAGGUGCUCGUGUGAACCCCCAGCCCUACUCUGCACUGACGGUCACACCCCUCCCAGCACUGAGCUGGGGGAUAUUUCCAAGAUCUCUUCCUCCUGGCUGCCCACCCUGGGCCAGCUCCUGGUCCCCAGUGAGGGCUCCCUGGCAGCGCCAACAGCCCUUGCCACCUCCAGCUGCCAAACAGCAGCCUGCAGGGCAGUGAGCAGCCCAGGCCAGAGGCCUGGUCCAGCUCAGGGAUGCUCCUGCCAGCACGGGGGCCUGGCAGCUAGUCUGGGAGCAGGAGGAGUGAGCCGUGUGCCUGCCUCCUGCUUGGGGCCCCUUUGCCUUUCCCACUGGGGAUGGGGGUAAGGUGGGGGUGGCGAGGGCCCCUUUUGUCAGCACUCAGGAAUGUGCUCUGGGAGAACGCUGAAGCCAUAAUCCCCAGCUAUUUCCCUUGGCUGUCGCCCAGGUACUCAGCUGGCCCACUCCACGGCCCAGCUUAAGCCCUACCGCUCAUCCGUGGCUGUUCUGAGAAAUGGCCACUGAGAGGGUCUGAGUGGUUUUACAGCAAUUCUGCUGAUUUCCGUUUCUAUCUGUAAAUAACUGUUCUAUAGACAAGAUGCAAAUAAAUAUCACCCACAA